CAAUUCUGCAGAAUACAGAUGCGACCGUCGCUAGGUGUCAUCGGAAAUGUAACCAAGGAGCACUUCAUCAAGAAGGUGUCGGAGAGAAAUGCAGUCCCUUGGCAUCCUCGUCUAGUAGCCGCCGAUUCGCACAUGUCGGUGCUUGUUCCUCUACUAGAAAUGAACUCCAAGCCGUCGCUACUAUUUACAAAGCGAUCAAUUCGUUUGAAUCAGCAUCGAGGAGAGGUGUGCUUUCCUGGAGGUAAAAUGGAGAAGGAUGAGGAUGUAGAGAAGACAGCUUUGCGUGAAACACAAGAAGAAAUUGGCAUCGACCCAAAAUCCGUAGACGUAUGGGGCCGUCUGAAACCCGUACUCACCAGAAAUUUGAAGGAAACUGUGGUGCCAGUUGUUGGUUGUAUAGAUAAGGAUAUGAUCAAGCCAGAGCUAGUAAAUAGACAUGAGGUGCAAACAUUAUUCUCAGCUUCACUGGAGGAACUCAGCCAAACGGCACGCUAUACUCAUUUUUCUACAAAAAUGGUCGAUUUCAUAUUGCCAGUGUUCUUCACCAGAGAGUUUGAUGUGCACUGGCACAAUAAAGAGGAAUUCCUACCGACUGAAUUUCGUAUCUGGGGAUUGUCAGCCAUUAUGUUGCAUCAACUGCUACUCGUGAUGGCUCCAGAAGAGUACAAAAACAAUUUGAAGCUAGUAUUUUACUAAUUCACGAUAUAACUUCUGAUCUUGAUGUUUUUCC